AUGUACGCCGACUUGGAGGAGGCGCGAACUCAGCGCGGCUCUCGCGCGUCUCGGGGAUCGAGAGGCUCAGACCGCGAGAUCGACAGAAGCAUCCGCUCUGGAAACGGCGAUGCCGACGCAGAAGAUGGCAUCCGCUCUCGGGAGAAGGAGCUUGCAGAACAGCUCCGCAAGCGUGCUCAGGCCUCGCGUGCCGGCGCCAGGGGUGCGGAUGCCCGCGGUCGAGGACGCUCUUCCAGCGUUCGCAGUCGCAGUCGCAGUCGCAGCCGCAGCCGCAGUCGAAGCCAGGAUAGCUACCGCAGUCGCAAGAGCCACCAGUCCAGGAGGAGCGCUCUUGCUGACGAGGCAGCCGAGCAGAGGCGCAAGAGACGUCGUGGCGACGAUCUCGGCCAUCGCAGCGACCGGAGUCGCCUAGAUGAAGACGAAGAAGAACGCGCCCGCGAGCGUCGACGUCUUCGAAGCGAGCGUCGUGACGAUGACCGCGAUGGACACUCUUCCGCAGGCGAUCGGCAUCGAGCCAGUCCUGCUCCUUCGUCCAGCCGAGGCGACCGGGAUCGCUACGACUCCUACUACGAAGACCGCCGUUAUGACCGCAGAGGCGAUCGUGGCCCUCACAACCGAGGCGGCCGCUACGAGGAUGACUCGCGCCGUUCGUCGAGACGCCGAGGACGCUACGACAGUCCCGCUGCCUCGGCUCGCUCUCGACGCACCCCCAGUCCAGAGAUCAACGACUACGAGGACCGAUCCGUCUUCUGCAGCCAGCUAUCGGCCCGACUUGGCCAGCGUGAUCUCGGCGAGUUCUUCGAGGAGCAUCUUGGCGAGGGGGCGGUUCAGGAUGUGCGCAUCGUAAUGGACCGCGUCACCCGCCGAAGCAAGGGUGUCGGCUACGUCGAGUUUGCUGCACGAGAACUGGUGCCCAAGGCGAUCGAGCUCACGGGCAAAGUGCUCUUCGGCAUCCCCAUCGUGGUCCAGCGCACCGAUGCUGCGCGCAAUGGCCCGCCUCCCAUCUCGGCAGUCGGCCCGCACGGCGUCGCCUCACACCCCGCGCUCGGAGGACCGCACCUGGACGCUAGGGCGCUCGCCAACGUUCCCAUGCCCAUGCAAUACCACCAAGCCGGCGCGCCGAUCCAUCUCAACGUCAACGCCCCUCCGGGUCCGCGCGCCAUGAGGCCCGGACCCAACAUGCCCAACACCGAAGCGCGACUCUACGUCGGCAGCUUGCAUUUCAGUCUCACGGACGAGAAUGUCAAGGCAGUGUUUGAGCCGUUCGGCGAGAUCGAGUACGUCGACCUCCACCGCGAACCAGGAACGGGUAAGAGCAAGGGAUUCUGCUUCAUUCAAUUCAAGCACGCCGACGACGCCAGGAAGGCACACGAGGCCAUGAACGGGUUCGAGCUCGCCGGCCGAGCCAUCCGAGUCGGCAACGUCAACGCCAAGGGCUCGGGCAGCUCGUACAUGGGCGGUCCUGGCCCGAACUCGCAAAGCGGAGGCCACCUGCCGCAGCUCACCUCUGCGUUUGACGACGGCGGAGGCGCCGGUCUCAACCCCGAACGUCGUGCGGCGCUGAUGCAGAAACUUGCUCGCAACAAUGAGCCAUCCCCGGCCGCCUCGGACGCGAACACGGCAACGCAGGAGCGCCCGGCAGGCAUUCCCGAGGCUACUUCGACCUCGCUACUCCUCAAGAACAUGUUUGAUCCGGCAGAAGAAACGGAAGCCGACUGGGACAAAGACCUCGCCGAAGACGUCAAGGACGAAUGUCAGGCCAAGUAUGGACCUGUGACGCGCAUCCACGUGGAGAAGGAGUCUGCGGGCGAGAUCUACCUCACCUUUGCUGACCUUGACGCCUCUCGCAAGGCCCUCGAUGGGCUCAACGGAAGAUUCUUCGGAGGCAAGCCGAUCAGCGCGCAAUACAUUCCGGACGCUUUUGUGCAGGCUAAGCUCGGUUAA